AGCCACUCAAAACCCUCCAACAAACCCUCAAACCUCUCUCAUGGCGUCUCAGGGCCGCAGAGGAGUCUCGGACAGGCGAAACCCUAAAAACGAAGGCAUUCUAUCUAGGGUUUCCAACUCCAUUUCUCAGUCCCCCAUCCUUUUCCAGGGCCGCCAAGCUGCGUCCGACGCCGCCGUCGUCGCCAAGAAGCUUUUCAAGAGCACCGGCAAGGCCGCCUGGAUCGCCGGCACCACUUUCCUCAUCCUCGUCGUCCCUCUCAUCAUCGAAAUGGAUCGCGAGCAGCAGAUGAACGAGCUCGAGAUGCAGCAAGCCAGCUUGCUCGGCACUCCGGCCCAAAAGUGAUAGUGUUUUGCCCUCUUUUUUCAGGUCAGAGAUGUCAGUGCUCUCUCUAGGGUUUUGAAUGGUUUUGUUGUGGAAUUUUUAGGGUUUUCGUUGGAUCACAAAGACGCGGUAGAUUUAAUAACUUUUGGUGUAUCUUUGUGGAUUGUUGAGCUGAAAUUACUCCUUUGAUCGUUAGAAUUUGGAAAUUGUGGUGGAAUUUGAUCUAUCUGUCAGUAGUAUGAUUGAUUUUACUCAA